AAACCGCACUCCCAACUCCCAAGAGACACUUUUAUUUGAAAAGCUCUCCCCGCUACGAGCUCCUCCUUGAUACCAAACCUUAGCCCAUUUAAACCUUCUAUUCUUUCUCUGCCAACCAUCAAUUAGUUCUGAUUCACCAUGGCCAAAAUCUCCACAAAUCCUACUAGUUCCUUCGUUUUUCUCUUCAACAUUAUUAUUCUCUUCUCCUUGACCCUUGUUACAGUAAAGUCUGACAGUUUCUCAGGACACUUGUCUCCAAAAAAAUUAGGCCUCAAACGAGAGAAACUAAGCCACCUUCACUUCUACUUCCAUGACAUAGUCGGUGGAAAAAACCCAACUGCUGUUCCAGUUGUCCGACCAGCCAUUACUAAGAAAUCCUUCUCAUCGUUUGGGCUGGUCACAAUGAUGGAUGACCCUUUGACCGUAAAGCCCGAGAUCGGCUCAAAGCUUGUAGGAAGAGCACAGGGGAUUUAUGCAUCGGCAUCACAAAGUGAACUUAGUUUUCUGAUGGCAUUGAACUUUGUUUUCACAGAAGGGAAGUAUAAUGGUAGCACCCUUAGCAUUCUGGGGCGAAACAAUGUGUUUUCCGGCAUCAGAGAGAUGCCUAUUGUUGGUGGAAGUGGGCUUUUCAGGUUUGCAAGAGGCUAUGCUCAGGCAAAUACUCAUGAGAUUGACUUCAAAACUGGUGAUGCUAUUGUGGAGUAUAAUGUUUAUGUCUUCCAUUAUUGAGUUGUUAUCGGUUGAUUUUUUUUAGUAUGUGCUCCUGUGGACACAGUUUGGUUUUGUAUUUUUCUUUUAUAACCGUGAGUGUUCGGGUCAGUUUACAUACACCUAUACUAAUCUUCUAAAGUCCUGAAAUUAAAAACUAGGUAAGUCUCCAGUGAUCAUGAGGUUUGUAACACUCGAACUGAUAAUCUCUGCAAAGCAAACUCAGAGUCAGGUUUAUUUUUGUAUUCUUAACGGUGUUCGUCUUUGUGUGUGUUUUGUAUUUGAACGUGUUUUAAGGCCCUGUUUGUUUGCUGGAAA